AUGGCCUCUGUAUCCGAAAUUCCUACCUUCAAUGAAGGAGAAACUCCAGAGCAGACGCCGUGCGGUGACUUGAUUGAAGCUUCUAAACGAGUAUGUUUUGAGGGCUAUAAUCAGGCGAAACCAUUAGUGGCUGAAGAUCAACGCCUUAAAGUGUAUUUGAGAGUAAGACCGUUUUUAAAUGUGGAAUUGGCAAAUAACGAAUCCCAGGACUGUGUGAUAAUAAAAGAUUCAGAAACUGUUGUGUUGGCAGCACCUAAGCAUUCAAGCACUCUGAAAAACAGUGAAAGAGGAAUUGGACAAGCUGUGCACACGUUCACAUUUUCUCAGAUAUUUGGCCAGGAAACCAGUCAGACUGAAUUCUUCAAUAGCACGGUAAAAGACCUUGUUAAACAGUACCUCCAAGGACAAAACAGUUUGGUAUUUACUUAUGGAGUUACCAAUGCUGGCAAGACCUACACUAUUCAAGGUACUGGUAAAGAUGGCGGUAUCUUACCAAGAUCAUUGGCCAUGCUCUUUGAUCACAUAAAAGGCAGACAAUAUGAAAGUAUGGAUUUAAAACCACAUGUCUGUGAUGAUGUGUUAAAACUGGAUAGUAAGCAAAUCCAGCAAGAAGAAGCUAUGAAGGCUGAAAUCUUUUCUCCACUGAGAGAGGAGAUGGAAUACCAGCUUUUUAGGACCACAUGUAACAAGAAUGUCCGAAAAGAUUUGGCCCAGGCAGGCUCUAUCACUCUGGCAGACCACAUUCCUUCUGAUCAGCUAGCAAAGUAUUCUGAAGUCAUAACAGGUGCCUCUGAAAUUAGCCUCGUUGAUCAAAAGCAGCGAAGAUUCUCGGUGUGGGUUUCCUUUUGUGAGAUCUACAAUGAAUAUGUGUAUGACCUAUUGGAUCCAAUGCCAACUUCAAGAAACCAGAAACGUCAAAAUUUGCGAGUCUGUGAAGAUCAAAAAGGAAACAGUUAUGUUAAAGACCUCAAAUGGAUCAAUGUUACCAGCUCAGAUGAAGCUCUUAAAGUCUUAAAGAUAGGAAAUAAAAAUCGAAGCUUGGCUUCAACUAAAAUAAACCACCAAUCCAGCCGAAGUCACAGCAUAUUUUCCAUUCGACUGAUAGAAAUAAUUGUUGGGGAAAAGUCUCGUGUCUUCAGGACUUCUGACCUGUGCUUGUGUGAUUUGGCUGGGUUAGAGCGUAGCGGUAAAGCACAAACGUUUGGAAAUCGACUGAAGGAGGCAGGCAACAUCAAUAAUUCUCUUCUGAUCCUUGGCAAGUGCAUUUCUGCACUAAGGAAGAAGCAGCAGAAUAAAUUAAAACAAAUUAUUGUCCCAUUCCGAGAGAGCAAGUUAACCCGUCUUUUUCAAGCUUUCUUUUGUGGCAAAGGCAAAGCUUGUAUGAUUAUUAAUAUCAAUCAGUGUGCUUCCAUGUAUGAUGAAACACUGCAUGUAAUGAAAUUUGCAGCAAUUGCUAAGCAGAUAAUUCAAAUUAUUCACCCAAAAUUUAAACUGCAACUUGCUGAUCACUUGGGUGGAAACGACGGCAGUAUGAUGGUGUGCACUGAUCUUGGGGAAUCACUCGCUGCCAAAAAUGGUUGUUCUGAAGAUCUAAUUAAAGAUGACAAGGAGGAGGAAAAUGAAGAUCUGGACCUCACCACCUUUGCCCAUGAAGAAUUAUUGAGUAUGAUAGAAAACCUAAGGCACAAAUUGAUUGCUGAAAGACAACAGAAACUGGUUUUGGAAAUGCAGGUUCGUAAUGAAAUGGGAGAUGCCAUGUUUCAGCAACUACUCCAUACAGAAGAAGUUUGGAGUGAGCGAUUUGAAGAACUAAAGGAGAUUUAUGAAGAACAAUUGGACAGUAACCUCCAUAUGUAUAAGGAAUCAAUUAGGCGGCAUGCAUACAAGUGCGCUAUGGAAGAUGUUAAGGAUAAAUUUGUUUCAAAAGAAGAGUUCACUGCUGAGCAGCACAAGACAAUGGAUGCGGACUUGAAAGUGAAGGAGCUUGAAGAGGCAUUAAGCAAAUACCAGAACCAAUCUGCCACUGCUGAAAAUACAACAGGCCUUCUGGAGGAGUUGGCAUGGUUCAAAGAAGAAGUUUCGAAAAUGCACCUUCGGCUACAGAACCUUCAAUUAGAAGCUCUUACAAAUGGCAAGGAGUUGAGGAGAUAUCAAGAAUUGUACAAGAGUAGAGUCUUAUCUGAAGAACAAUCUGCAAAACUGCUUGAAGAAAAGGAUCAGGCAAACAAGAGUUUAACCAAGAAAUUAAAUGACAUUCAAGUGAUCCUGCAAGAGGCAGAGAGAAAAUUUCAAGAAAGUAACAAAGAACUGCAGAAAUGUUAUGACAUAAUUGCAAAGCAGGAAAAAGUGAUUAAGGAUGUUAAUGAAGAAAAUGUUGACAAAAUCAAUCAUCUGGAAAAUCUGGUGUCAAAACUGCAAGAAGAGCUUGCUCUCUUAAUGAAGCCGCCUAAUACUGAAAAACCACCACAAAUGAAGAAAAAGCUGUUUUCAAGUUUAACGGGAUCCAAACUGGCUGUUGGGUCUCCUACAAGACCCAGUUUGUUUAAAUCCAGGGAACUGACUCCUCGACUGAAAGUUAAAAAGAACGUGGUGUCUGAAAAACUGCCAUCACCAUCAAGUAAUACCAAUAAAUAA